AUGACAUACCCGGACACCUACGCUCUGGCGGCGGCGGCGACGGCCGCGUACUCGCAGCCUCUCCACUCUCACCGGCCCCCCUCAUCCACUUACCUUCCCCCCGCGCUCUACUUGUGCGACCUGUCCACCGUCGCACGGCAAGUGCACACCUUCCGCACGCUUCUCCCCGGCAUCACGCCCUACUACGCGGUAAAGUGCAACUCGGACGCCGUGCUCCUCUCCUUCCUCGCUCGCCUUCACGUCUCCUUCGACGUGGCGUCCUCGCACGAGAUCUCGCUCAUCUCCACGCUAGUCCCCGCCCCCCUUUCCGCGCGUACGAUCUUCGCCAACCCGUUCAAGGCGCCCUCGGAGCUGUCCUACGCGCGCUCGCACGGCAUCGACCUCGUGACAGUCGAUGCAGUGGACGAGGUGCACAAGGUCGCUCUCCACCACCCGCUGGCUCGCGUCCUGCUCCGCAUCGCCGUGGACGACUCGGACUCGGCGUGCCCGCUCUCCUCCAAGUUCGGCGCGCUUGCGUCGGAAGUGGCGGCCAUCCUCGCCGCCGUGCGCGGCAGCGAUGCCACGCUCGUCGGCGUGGCAUUCCACGUCGGCUCCGGCUGCCGCGACGCGGCCGCGUACACGCGCGCGCUGGGCGCGGCGCGCCGCGUGUUCGACGCCGCGCGCGACGCGGGGCUGCCGCGGCUCUCCGUGCUCGACAUCGGCGGCGGGUUCCCCGGGCGCGACGGGGCCAACGGCGCGGCCGCGUUCGCAGACAUCGCAAGCGGCGUGCGGCAAGGCGUGCAGGAGCUCUUCGACGCGGACACACAGGUGAUCGCGGAGCCCGGGCGCUACUUCGUCGCGACGGCAUACACGCUCGCCGUGCAGGUCGUGCAGACAGGCCGGCGCGACGGGGCGCGGUGGUGUGUGGUCGCGGACGGCGUGCAUGGGUCGUUCCGCGACGCUUGGCUGCUCGACCAGGAGUUUCAGGCAAGCGCUGCUGGGGACGUGCAAGGGGACUUGGCGGAGUGGGAGGUGCGCGGAGCCAGUCGGGCCGCAGGAGACGCCAUCGCGAACAGGUGCAUGCUUCCUUGCGGGCUGGCGCAGGGGGACUGGGUACGGUUUGCUGACAUGGGCGCGUACACCAUGUGUUUGGCGACGCGCGUAGGUGGGGCCGGGCGGCACCAGGUGGCGUAUUAUUAUUCUGGCAGGGGGAGCGCGGCGGCGGAUGACGGCGGGUGA